AUGAACUUCGCUCCCUACCAGGACGAGUCGCCCGAAGUGGAGCGCGCGUUCUCGCCGUCUCUCGAGAACCGUUCCAAGUCCCCCGUCGUCCGAUCACCACUCCAUUCUCCCUCGAUUCCUGGGUUCACGUCCGCGGGCGGCCUCCCAUCUCCCAGCCAGUUCGCGAGCAGCGGCCACAUAGAUACAAGUGGGCACGGCAAUACGGGGUACGGUAGAGGGGAUGUGGAGAGUGGCAGAUGGAAUCUAGGGGCCUUUGAAACAAGUCUCCCCAUUCGGAUGGAUGUCGAGGCUAUGCUGGCAUAUCUGCUUCUUCCUCCAGCCGGCGGGGUUUUUCUGCUUUUACUCGAGCACAAGAGCGACUAUGUUCGAUUUCACGCAUGGCAGUCAAGCAUGUUGUUCACUGUCAUGUUCACCUGCCCUACCCCAUCCAAGACAGACUCGGUCCUCUCGCCCAAAGAACAGUCUCACAUUUACUCUGCACCUUCCUGUCUAGCCAACACCCAUCCACCUUGGAGAGAAAGCCAAACCCGGGAGGCCAAGAUGUGCCAGGUCCAACGCGUUACGAACAGCUGUGGGCACAUAAACGACCACGUCCUCAUGUCCUGCUACCUCGCAAAGGACGUCACGCCGUCCCCCCCGCCUUCACAUCUCUCCUUUACCAUCACUAACUUCCAAGAGUCGUACAAUUCCGCUUCAGCUACCUUCGCAAUAUAUACGAGUCAGAGGGAGCGCCAACUCCAGAGUGAGGACAAAGACCAAGGCAAAGACGAAAGCAGCUCGAUCUGGUCUGGGAAAUCCAGGACCUCAGGCAGUUUGAGUCAAGGACCUAACUCGAACAAGAAUAAAAAGGACGAGGAGGAUAUGAUUCAGCGCUUUGGGUUCGAAGCAAGGAAUCAGCCAUAUUGCAAGCUCACGGUCCCUAAAGUCUUGAACUCUCCGGAAGGAUUCAAAUGUAUGGUUUAUGCGUGCGGAAGGGCCGAUUAA